AUGAAGCAUACACUAUUUGAAUACUUAAUACUGAUUUUUCUCUUUAUCAACACUAUCUCUGCGUCUCUCAAUAUCCUAUUCUAUGUCCCUACCCUCUCCCACAGUCAUAUUUCAUUCAACUCGAAGCUGGCCGAAGUUCUAGCCUCCCACGGCCACCGGGUUACUGUACUCCUUGCUCAGGUCGACGACACACUCCUCAUCGACAAUGCCACUGAUUAUACGGUACUUCGGAAGAAAGUAGGUGUGCCACGUGGCCAUAUGAGAAGAGUUUUGUGGAGUAAUCCGGGUCCUUAUGAGGAUAGCUCUCCUCUGAAUCCCCACAUUUUUUACAAGCUGUUGAAGGUGUCACGGACGUUUGUGACGGCUUGUGAGAACAUGGCAUUUGACAAUUUGUUUUUGGAGAGUUUGAUGGAGCAGAAGUUCGAUGUGGGGUUGGUGGAACAGUAUGAUGCUUGUGGAUUCGGAAUCUUCAAAUCCAUUGGAAUCGAGUCGACUGUCUGGCUGUCUGCCACUGCUAUCUAUCGACCUCAAGCGGAAGCAAUGGGUGUCUAUCUCCCCUACAGUUAUGUUCCAGAACUCUUUGCUCACUUUUCCGAUAAAAUGAGUUUUGUUCAAAAAGUGAUAAAUGUGUUGAUUGGACAGGCAACCUCGUUUGUGCUUGACAUUUUUGUCCAGGGAUUCCAGUCGAGAAUAUUCGGAUUCGAUGAGAAUUUGGCGUCGAUUUCCAAAGAAUCGUCUGCAGUUCUAAUCAAUUCAGUCCCAUUUUUUGACUACAGUAUGCCAAUGAGCCAUCAAUGUUCGAAUAUUGGAGGGAUUACUGUAGAUAAGAAAGGGGUGAAGAAACUGGAUCCGUACUGGCAAUCUGUCGCUGAUUCCUCUGGGUUCAUCCUGGUCAGUUUUGGUGGCAUCGCUCGCACAGUCGAUAUGACGGUUUCAAUGCAGAAAAUAUUUUUUGACAGCUUCAAAAAAUUCCCUCAUAUAACUUUUAUUGUCAAAUACGAGUCUAUUGCAAAUGUCUCGAUGCCGGAAAAUGUUAUUCUAACUCCAUGGAUCCCUCAACUUCCACUCAUGGCUCACAAGAAUUAUAAAACGAUUAUCACUCAUGGAGGAUGGAGUAGUAUUCUGGAGACUACUAUGCAUUCAACGCCAAUGAUUCUGAUGCCGCUGUUCGCUGAUCACGCCAAGAAUUCGAAAGUUGCAGAGUCGAAAGGGGUCGCGGUUUUAUUGGAUAAAAUGAGAUUGAGCCAGAGGAGAGUGGUUCAUGCCAUCAACACGAUUCUCACCAAUCCGAGGUACACCCAAAACUGCGAAAAGUUCUCUCGAAUGUUCUCUGACACUCCGAUUUCCCAUGAGAAACUGAUUGCAUGGAGAAUCAGACAAGCAGCGAAACCAUCUCGAAAAGCGUUCGCCAAACAUCUUCGACCCAAGGAACCGGACUUUCAUAUGUUGAAAAUUGUCUUGAUUAUUGUUCCAGCAUAUCUAGUGUUUUGUACAAACAAAUUCUUAUACGGGUGA